CCAAUGAACCGCAAUAACGUCAGGCGACAUCGUCUCAUCCAUCCACCACACCGUCUCACCAGCCCCAUGUACACACGUAAGGAUCGGUGAUGAGUCUGAGUCGAUCCGUGUAACUCACAAAGCUCGGAAAAAGAUAGCCAGUGACAAUCAAUUGAAGAGGAGAAACUGAAUUUGAUAGGCUCGGUGUUGGGUUUCGUUGUAAACGCUGCGUUGUGGUCCAUUCAUGCGGCUCAUGCAGUUUAUACAGGCCCCGAUGAUAUGAUAUCUGCCGUUGUCGAUCUCGCUGUGCGCACGCAGUUGGUUCGGAGAAAAGCGCCAUGGUCCCCACUUCAAGAACGUUCCAUGUCGUGGUUUGCACAGCCACUUAUGGAACAACGCUUGAGGGAACUAGGUAUCGAAAGGGUAGAUAUAUUGGUUUUGGUAAUUUGGAUCGUGCGAAGAGAUGACGGCAUUGUCCAGGUCCAGGAUGGCCAGAGGCAGAACCAGUUAGGUAGGUAUUUGAUCGGUACAAGAGCCCGACGUGUUUCCAUCUCGGUUGCCUUUUUCGCUGCCGAUGGAUGUCGAUUGCCUACUUGGUUUCGAUGGGUGCUUUGCCGCUCUGCUAUUCAUCCGGGCGUCUCCUCUCAGCUAGUCCAAGUACCACGUCAUUCUCUCCUGGGAUCGACGAUGCUCACAACCGCUGACAACAAGCUCUGUCUUAAAAAUGGUCUCUAGGAAACACUGCAAGGCUUAUGAAGUGUUUAAUCCUUGAUGUGUCCCUGGUCCAUGCAAGGCCAUCGACGAUCACCGCUCUAGGCUCUAAAGUCCCGAGGAUGCAAUGCAGGGUCCCAA